GUUCACUGACCUGAAUCACAAAAGAUUUUCGUAAAAUUAUACUUCUAAUCGAAAUAAUGUGCUAAUUGAAAUGUUGGAAAACAAUACAAAAUAAUGUUAUGAUACAAACUGCGAUUCAUUCUUCAUAAACCAUGUCGUCAGAGCACGUGUCCCGUGUGCGGCAGCUUUACAAGCUGAUAUUCCGCGUGCACCGCGCGCUGCCCGCGGAACUUCGUGUGAUGGGAGACAACUACGCGAGAGACGAGUUCAAAAGGCACAAACAGUGUGGUCCGGAGGAGGCGAGGAUAUUUCUUAAUGAAUGGACGGACUAUGCCAUAAACCUGGCAAAGCAGAUGAAACCACUGCAGCAAGCAAAGAGGAAAGAAGUAGGCAAAUACUUGGACCCAAAGCUGCUCGACCACAUGAGCGACGAACAGCUGUGCCAGCUCUAUGAAUUGCACAAAGCAGCAUCGGUAGCGGAGGACGGUGGAAGUAAGGAAAAGUAGUUUCAAUGCACUCUUGAGGCACUGCUUGCAUGUAUAGGGACCUUACGAGUUGAAAGGGCUGCCAUCUAGUGACUUUUAAAUGAAACCUUGAACUUGACAUGUCACUUCACGCCAAUAUGCAGUUGCUGCUCCUUCAGUUCAUCACUAUAGGCCAUUUAUUAACACCUGUAAAAAUGUAUUGGAUAUGAGAAUUUUCCAAAUUAAAUAAGUACCUAUUACGCUGACAGUUUCAUGUCUGUACAUAACUUUGUGACGAAGGUUAUUGUAAUUGUGCCAUAGACAUAAGAUUUAAUUUGGACUGUAUUAUUUAAAAAUAAUAAUAAUUUGGUACUGUUAAGUUAAUACAUUCACUGCCCCCAACGCACAUGUGCGUUCACUGUCAUACAAGUUUGUUCCUAGGCCACGCCCCCUGGCAGUGAAUGCCUUAAGGAAAAGUAUAAUACUUCAAUAUAGGUACCUACUCUACAAAUGCACAAUACAUGCAAAGCGAAGAUUAGUUUCUAAUAACUGAAGUCAACAACAUUUUAAAAUACUGUAUAAUUAAUAUAUAGGUACCUAUUCGGUCCAUAAAUUCUGUCACAAAGGUAUUUACUAAAAAUGUUAUAGAUAGAGAUAGGUUUCUCUUAUUAUUCACAUAUAUACAUGAUUUAAAAACUUAUUUUAUGAUAACUUACUAACUACAUAGUUCAACGUAAUUUAUUGUCUCAGUUUUGCAUAUUAUUAGUUACAUAUUUGAAAAAAAAAACAUGGUAAAAACACCACAAAAAUACGCGCUCUGUUCAAGGUAUUUUGAUCCAUAUUUAUUAAUUUAUAUUUUUUUAAUGGUUGAAUCUUACAUAAAAUAAAAGCUAGGUCUUUAAAAUUUAUUUAGAUAUAUAAUACAAGUGUAUUGGACUGCUAAAAUUACUACUGUACACGUUUUACCAAAUGUACUCGUCGUAUGGCAAUCAAAAAUAAGCGUGUUAUUGGAAAGUGUCCUAAGUUGAAAAGGUAUUACAUAGUAGAAUUGCAGACUGGUCGAAUAACUAAAUGCUGGUGAAAAAAUAAAGUUCUAAUAAAGUAGGUUCAUACAAAUAAAGAAUUAAAAAUAUUUAAUGAAUUCUUACUCCCUUUUGUGACGUAUAAUUAGGGUUCCGUACCCAAAGGGUAAAACGGGACCCUAUUACUAAGACUCUGCUGUCCGUCCGUCCGUCUGUCACCAGGCUGUAUAUCACGAACCGUGAUAGAUAGGAAGUUGAAAUUAUCACAGAUGAUGCAUUUCUGUUGUCGCAAUAACAACGAAUACUAAAAACAGAAUAAAAUAAAGAUUUAAGUGAGGCUCCCAUACAACAAACGUGAUUUUUGACCGAAGUUAAGCAACGUCGGGCGGGGUCAGUACUUGAAUGGGUGACCGUUUUUUUGCCUUUGUUUUGCAUUAUGGUACGGAACCCGUCGUGCGCGAGUCCGACUCGCACUUGUUUUUCACAAUCCUGCCGCGUGUUCGCUUCUAACGACAAUCACAAUGUAACCAGGAUUAAAAUAAAGUCACGAUAUAAGUUUUAAAUUAAUACUAAUACGUUUUGAUCAGUAAUAAACAAGCUUUCAAAUCAUGGGUAUAUUAUUUUAUUAAAACAUUCGUAUUACAUUUUAUCAGCCAAUACCUUUGUGACAGGACGUAUGGACCGACUAGGUACCUAUCUAAAAAAAAAAAAUAGUACCUAUUAUUAUACAUUAUUAUUUAUUAAUAAUAAAUAUAUUUUGGCCAUGCAAUUUGAAUGCAUAAAUAUAUCUUAAAUCAUUUCAACUACUAGAAACAUGAAAUUAGUUAUUUAAGUGUUUAUAACUCUUAGUUAAUUGUCUUCAAUUGCUGAUAAAUUAUGAUUUUUAAUAAUUAGUCUGUUUGAGAUCCUGAAAAUGGUAAAAAAUAAUGAUACUACUCCUAAAAAUACGUGUGAUACCUCAUUAGAUUCGUCAUGAUGUCUAGAAAAAUGUAUUCGAAGCGUGUAUUAGCACACAAAAAAUAUCAAAAUAUAUAAACAAAAAAAGGGAGGAAAAAGUAGUUAUUUUUUAUUUAUCUCAAAAAGUAUGACAUACAUUCUUACACAAUACUACUACAUAUAUGAGCUCGCUCGCUGUAAUGUAAUGGAUUUCAGUAAAGCAUGAAAUCGAUAGUUUAAGUGAUUGCUUUUCAAUUGAAUCUGAAAAUUGAACGAUGUGAAAAUAAACUUUUUACAAUGGCUCUUACGAGUAUAUUUUCCGGGACAAAUAUAUGAUUUUGGUGUAUAUUGAUAUGACAUGUAAUCUUGUAAAUCAAUUCAUACAAAACAAAAGAAGUAACAGAAUUUUGAAUAAAUAAUAAUAGGCAAAAUCGAAACACUCAAAACUGGCAAACAUAACGUAACGGAAAUGUGAUUCACUUUCACCAAAAUACGCAAGCAUAAAAAAAUUGUAAGCACCAAAGCCAAAGUGCGCACACAUCUGCAUAAUAAUAGUUCAAGCAUUGUAGUCAAAAUACGGCAUAAUAAAUCCAUGAAACACUUGAUAUAAGAUUUAAAGAGAUAACGAAGACUUUUUUUUGCAUAACGGUGUUGUUUUAAUAGUACUUUUUAUUGAAAUAAGCUCGAUUUAUUAUUAAAAAAAUGUGUAUCGACUUGAUAAUUGUAAUGUAUAUUAUGAUUUUGUGUAUAUUCUGUUAUAAACUCCUGUAUAGUAUUAUUUAAUGAUUAUUUUACCUUCAACAAGCAGUGUUUCGAUACUUGCGUUGCAUUUAGAA